AUGCCUUCCUCUUUUGAUCGCCCAUCAGACAACCCCAAACGGAAUAAAAUCAUCAAAUCCGCCUACGAUAGUGAGACCUUUGAUGCCGACGUCACCAUCCAUGUCGAUGGGCUCGUGGGGUCGGCCACCAUAUCGCCGUCCGGCCGCGAUAUUGCUCUGGCCUCUCCCGAUGGACUGGCCAUCAUUGAUCUGGACUCUCCCUUCAACCCACCUCGACGACUGAGCACUCACGGAUUGCCUUGGCUGGUCGUGGACGUCCAGUGGUCCCCUUUUGCUGCGCGAGACUACUGGGUGGCUUCUACUGCAAACCAUCGUUGUCUGGUAUGGAACUUGAGUUCGGGAGGGGAUAGCGCCAUCGAACACUCUCUCCAGGGACAUAGCAGAGCGAUUACCGAUGUCAAUUUCUCUGCUCAUCACCCAGAUAUUCUCGCCACUUGCGCCGUCGACGGAUAUGUCCAUUCUUGGGAUUUGAGGAGACCUAGACAGCCUGUAUUGAGCUUUUGUGAUUGGUUUGCUGGCGCGACACAAGUUAAGUACAAUCGUCAGGACUCGCACAUUCUAGCCUCCUCUCAUGACCGAUGGCUGCAUAUCUGGGACGAGAGAAAGCCUUCGACUCCUCUCAAGUCAAUCGUCGCCCAUACGUCCAAGAUAUAUGGUCUGGAUUGGAAUCGCACCGAGGCAACCAAGAUAGCCACUUGUUCAUUGGAUAAAACCAUUAAGCUUUGGGACUACGCUGCUUCAGAUCAGCCGGAAAGAAUUAUCAGGACAGAAUUUCCGACAUGGCGUGCACGUCAUACGCCCUUCGGAUGGGGGCUGCUAGCCAUGCCCCAAACUGAUCCCGGGAACUUAUAUCUCUACGACUUACGUCGCAGAGAGGAAGACGAACCUGCCCAAGAUGUCGUAGCCCCUGUCACCGUGUUCCCUGGGCAUGGGAGCCACAAGGUGAAAGAGUUCUUAUGGAGAACACGCGGGAGUGUUUCGGAUGGAAUUGAUGAUCGAGAUUUUCAGCUCGUGUCGUGGGGAGAAGAUAAUGAGCUCCGCUUACACAAGGCAGCAUCACACGUUCUUGAAUCCGUGGGCUAUUACAAGGGCACCAAAGCUCGCGCAAUUCCCAUCACUCGAAAAGGAGCCCAGUACAAGACUUAUCGGGCAAUUGAUGACCAGUCUCUGAGGGAGAGAACAACGGCAAGCAUGAGUGACCCUCGUCCUGACAGUAGAGGGAGCCAAAAUAGACGUAGUGCUCUAACUAUAGGGAUGCGAACUAUGCCGACUCAUCUGUCGAAACCUGGCAAGGGUUCUUCAUGGAAAGGCCAGUCUAUGAAGGCUAGACCCACAGCAACAAAGGGGACUGAUCGUCAUCUUGAUCAACUGGGCUGGAUGAAGGGCAUCACUAUGAACAAGAGGAAAGCGUCUGUUAUUACAACACCUCAGAGGAAAGACUCCAAAGAUUCUACUAUGUUCGGACCUAGCUUCCAUCAAGAACAUUGGGGUGAACCAGAGACGCUACAGGAAGAAAUUCUCCGUGUGAAUCAGCAACUGCCAAACGUUCAAUGGGACAAUGUUGACAUGGAGUCACGUACCUUGAAAGCCUCUCUGAGAGGGCCAUGGGGCGAAGACGGCGACACAAUCUAUAUCAAGGUCAAGGUUGAUGUUCCCACGAAAUACCCUAAAGCUAGAGCGCCACGCUUCAUUAUUGAGAAGUCUGCUCUAAUGCCUGAUCAGAUACACAAGAAGCUUGAUCAGGAUGUGAACCAACUGGCGAGCCAAUCUUCAAAAAAGCGGCAAAAUUGUCUAGAUGUCGCCUUCAGUUACUUGUUAGGAGAAAUUGACCUCUCAAAUAGUGAUACGUUCUUCAAGAAUGUUAGAGACCUAGAUGACGACUUUGGUGGCAUAGAUGACGAAAGCUCAAGUGAAGAAGAAGAUAACGAGAUCCCACCUGGUGGUUUAGCAGCUAUGUCUCAGGAUCUUACCGCUAGUACUGAGCUUGAAGCUCCUCUGGCACCGAUAAACCGCCCGACCAUUCCCCCACUUCCGCGGACGUGUGGUGGUCGGUUUUCCAAUGAUGGGCGGCUUGUUUGUUUUUUUCCGACGAAAGAGGAAAAAGCUCGCGUUUUAUUUACUCCUACCGAUGGGUUCAGAGAACGGCGGAAAGAUGAACCAACGUUCGCAAGCUUUGGCCGCCUACAACAAGAAUCGACCCCUCCUCGUCACAGAAACCUAAAUGAUGAAACCUCUACAACCGAAGACCAGUCUGACUCGGAAGCGUCUGAUGACUCUUCAAGCUCGAGCGACUCUGCAACCACUUAUAUGAAUGAAAUACAUGCAUGGUACCUACCAGGCCGCCGAUUCAGGAAGGCUCUUAGUGGCACAUACUCAUUGCACUCUAGCGGUGCAGGGACGGGUAUUGGGACAGGGACUGGUACUGCUACCAGCAGGCGGCGAAUAGGAAAACCAAAGAAUAUCGUAUCCAUACAUAAUCUUGCCGGAGAACUACCAUCGAAACGAGAACUGGCCCGCGAAUAUCUCAUCUUUGGUGAUGGAGCCGAUAUAUGUGAACACAACGCGCUCGUAGCUCGGAAAUAUGGACGACAUGAUCUUGUUGAUGUGUGGCGGUAUGCGGCAUUAUUACUACGAAAAGAAAUCCCUCUUGAGCUUCUGGCACAAGAAACUCAACAAGACACAAUUCUCGUCAUCGCCAAAGAUGCAGUUGGACGUUUCGGUGACCAAUCAACAUCAGAUAACUCUGAUAGCAAUAUUCUAACGGGGCGGGUCAAAUGGGGUCACCACCCUUUAGCUAAACAUCUUAUAAACGACCUUUUCGAUUAUUUCGAGCAGCUUGCCGAUAUCCAGAUGCUAGCCAUGCUUUCAUGCAUAUUUAGCGAAUCGACCGCUGAAGAUAGCGUUGCUUAUGCAGGAUCACAACUUCCCCAGCCAGAAACUCCACUCCCUAUGAAGGCGCCGGCAUUUUCUCUCGAAUAUUUUCCUCCCGAUGUGUCACUGUGGUAUGCUUCCCAUGGAAACUACAAAAGUCAGGCCACCUCGGCAGUAUCAACACCAAAGACGUUACAUACACCCCAUAUCGUCGGUUCUUACGGAUCCGAAGAGGUUUGGCCCGGAGAGCCAGAGUCUACGUCCUACUCUUGUGGCGAGACACCUCCGUCUAGAACACCUAAAGACCAUCUUUCAGAAGGUGAUCCAACCCAUAGUCUAUCAACCUCGCCUGACAAUCGACUAUUACGCCGAGCCACCGCCCUUACUUCUAGCUUCGCCAGCAUUCAGAGGCCUUUUACAAGUGUUACAUCUACAUCACCACCGCAUCGAAAACGAAUAAGCCCAGGGGAGAGUUUUCUUAACAAUUUUACACCGUCUAACAUCACUUGGGGCGGUUCGACCACAAUGGGACCAACGUCUGAACCAUCUAUGACGACUCGUAACUCUUUGUCCGACGAUGAAUACCGAAGGGAUGAGGCCCAUUAUACAGUAUGUUACGACAUCUCCACCAAAAUGGAAGAUCAAACCAUCUUCGAUGAUGAUGGAUGGUUGGCUGUACCGUUCUUAGAGCCAUCUCGUAGUGCGAUCUAUGCAGGCUACCGCUAUACCUAUGCGGAAAUGUUACAGAUGUGGGAACAGCCGUUAGCUCGUCUUGAAGUCAUGAAAUUCAAUGUCCUCAAAGAUAGCCCAUCGACAGCCCACACUGCAUUGUUUAAGAGCCCCGGCACAGAAGGGUUCUAUAGCUCCUACCAUAGUACAGACAAUUUGAGCAGUGUCCCACACGCCCAUGCUACCAUGCAUUCUCCUAUUGCAGUGGGUAAAAAGGAGCAGCUGCAAGCCUUGAUAACGUCGGGUCGUGGCAUUGAUAUUCGUGGUAUCUGCCGUAUCCAUGAAAUUCAUUUAGAUCCUAUUCGCUCAAAUCAAGAUCAUGCCAUGGUCGGUGGUGGUGUAGGCACAUGUGAGCGUUGCAAACGGACCCAGACGCAAUUAUUCUGUGUAUUUUGCAGAGAACCUAUUGAUGCGCUCUACCCGCCUUGUCUAGCUUGCGGUUGUGCUAUUCAUGAUAUGUGUCUUACCGAAUGGCACGCAGCUGGCCAGACAGAGUGUCCGGCAGGCGAUGAGUGCGAUUGUGUGACGGAUGCAAGCCACGGGCAAAUUGAAACCAUCGCCGCCAUGAUGGGAGCUUUGCGACAAGGCAAAGUGCGCAAACCGUCUGAAGACAAGGAGGUGAAGGGGAGCCUCGACAAACGAGGAUCUAUAGAUAAGAAUGAUUGGGAAACUGUUGCUAGUGGAGCUAAUCUACCUCUCGCCGAUGGGCAAGGAAAGCCCCUCCUGCAGGAUUACUCCCGGUCUCAACAACCUCUGUCAGCUGCUAGGAUCAGUCUGGGUAACCGACUGACAUGGGGAAGCAGUCCAUCGCUGAGGAAAAAGUCUGGAAGUGUGACCUCGGGAACGCCUAGAUAG